CUAAUGUUUGCGACGGUAACGUGUUCGGUGCUUUGAUUCAGAGAGAAGAAGUGAAGGAGAAUGUUGGAGGGACGAGAGAUACCAAAGACAGUGUAGAUCGUCGGUGGUUGUUCGGAUUGGUGUUUCUUGAUCAUGGCUCGGGGUCGAGGGAGUGUCGACGGUUGUGUAGAGAAAAGUUCUCUCGCUGCAGCCCCGCUUCGUAGGCGGGUAUGGAGGUGGAACGAGUUUCGGAAAUUCGAUUGAGUUUUCUCUUUUCGGCCCGGAAAGCUUUGUGGACAAGUACAAGGCGAUGGCGAUUGGCGCAGAGGAAGAAGAACUGGAUCUUAAUAAAAUUGAUGUUGAAGUUGUGGGGGAUGAACGGCGGGCGCGUCCCCCUCCUGAGUCGCCGUCAUGGAGUGCAAACAAAUCUAGGGUUUGGAAGAAGAUGGGUGAAUUCUAUUUUAAUUUCGUUUUAUUCAGUUUGUGUUUUUUUAUCGAGUUGCACGUUGUUUUGGACAUGUUCUUUUUUCCUAGCAGAGAUAUUCUUGAGUUUAGGUUAUGCGAUGAGAAAUCUGGUUUGCAAGUCAUUGGCUCAGUUAAGUCCAUUACAGGACCAACGAAUGUUAUUGUUUCUACAGAGGUGAUAGAUUCUCAGUCUGGUUCGAGGGCGGACUGCAAGCAUGAGGCUUUUUAUCGUUUUGUUUACUUCUUUUCUUUGAUUGUUUAUCAGCCAUGUGACGAACGUUAUUUUGAGUUAAUAUAUUAGUUGGACUAUUUCAUUAAUAUAUAUAUAUAUAUAUAUAUAUAUGACUAAUAUUCAGGUCCGGCCAGGCCGGACUACUCCCCC